GGACCAACAGGGUGAUGAAGAUGCUCCCGAGAGCAGCAGGGAAGAAAUAUAUCUUUCGGAGGGAGCGGUAGAUUGUCGCUUUAAUUCGAAAGAGGUUGAGAUGGAUACCACUUCUAUGGAUCUUCCAACAAUUACACAUGACACUUUGAAACGAUCAGCCUCAUCAUCAUCUUCGUCUGACCACGAAGGGAACUACCUUACUCCCAGCAGUCUUACACCUACCGAAGUCCGUCUUGGGAGCGACCUUCAACAACAAGCAAUUGCGGGAUUAACAGCUCUGCUAGCUAAAACUUCUCGCAUUGCUGCAGAACAAGACAGUGCCAGUGACGGUACUAGCUCUAGUAGUCGUCCUAGAAUAGGC